AAUAAAUAAAAUGGAUAAUUAUUUCACAAUCAUAAGUUUACUUGGAUUGAGAAACUAAAAUCUUCCUCCUUUCAGGUUUGAAAUGAUAAAUAUUAUUACAGAGAAGCUCGUUUGAAGAGGUAUAGAUCAAUUAAGAAGAUGGUUGAGUUGAUAGAAACUGCUGGUUGGACAUAGCCUAAAAUUCCAUAUAAUGCUUUUUGCUUAAGUUCCUAAGAUCGUAAAAUAUAUCGUAUUAUUAUUACUUUAGCUGAAUGGGAAGAUGAUAUGACUUAUCCAGUAAUUGAAUACAAUAAAUUUGGCUAUUAAGCUGUAGCUUUUGGAAUUAACUUAGUAUAAAAAUGUAAUUAAAUAUAAUAGUUCCUGUAUGCUUAUAAUUACAAUGUAAUUACACAAAACAUCAGAUUUAGAACAUUUAGAUAUUUAUUUCCAGUAGUCUAAUGUGUGAUAUUUGGAAAAAUAUACUUUGAAUAUAAAUCCGAAUUAACCAAAGUUAAUUUGUUUGAUGAAUAUGUUUAAUUAAGAGCAUAGGAAUUAGUAAAAGAGAAUGAAUAUUUAUUGGAACAUGAAGGUAUCAAUAUAUUUUAUGAAUAUAUUAGAUAUCAAAAGAUUUGUAUGGUGGUAUGAAGAUUAUAAAGAAACAUUAUGUAGAGUUCAUAGAUAAGCUAAUGAUCAUGCUGCUACAGAUUUUAAAGACUCUGAAUUGAUUUUAUAAGAUUUCAUAAGAAGAUAUACUAAUCCUAAUUCAGCUAGACCAUUAAAUAUCUAAGAAAAGGGUGUUUUAUUCUGAAAAUAUUAUUCAUUAAAAAAAAUAAAUAAUGUAGAGU